AUGUCCUCGCAGCAGCUCGCGUGCACGUACGCCGCGUUUCUCCUGGCUGACAGCGGCAAGUUUGAUGCCGACAGCCUGUUGGCUGUGACGAAGGCCGCCGGCGUUGAGGUCAGCAAGGGCAUGGCCUCGGCGUACGCCAGCAUCAUCGGCAGCGUCGACAUCAAGGACGUGCUCUCCAACCUCGCCUUUGGUGGUGGCGCACCCGCUGCCGGUGGUGCCGCCGCUCCCGCCGCCGCUGCUCCUGCUGCUGGCAAGAAGGAGGAGAAGGUGGAGGAGGAGGAGGAGGACGACGAUAUGGGCUUCGGUCUCUUCGACNGCCGCUGCUCCUGCUGCUGGCAAGAAGGAGGAGAAGGUGGAGGAGGAGGAGGAGGACGACGAUAUGGGCUUCGGUCUCUUCGACUAAGUACCGAGUCCGUUUUUCAGAGGAUUCCACACAUACAGUCAUUUCUCAUUUUAUGGGUUAGCUAUCAUCUAAUAGAAAAGAGAGUCAGACCGCUCUGCCUCUAUGCACACGCCUGCCCUGUUCGUUCGUGGUGUUUGUUCCUUCCAUCCUUCCUUAUUCUCUGA